UGGGCUUGAUGGUUUGCCUCCCAGCCCAGGAUGAAGUACGUCCAGUUUUGCUUCCUUUUCUGUUGCUGGAGAGCCAUCUGCUGCAGUGGCUGUGGGCUGACCAACAUCACCAUUGCUGUGGAGAAAGAGGAGUGUCACUUCUGCAUAAGCGUCAACACCACGUGGUGCGCUGGCUACUGCUACACCCGGGACCUGGUGUAUAAGGACCCAGCCCGUCCCAACACCCAGAAAAUAUGUACCUUCAAAGAGCUGGUGUAUGAGACAGUGCAAGUGCCCGGCUGUGCUCACCAUGCAGAUUCUCUGUACACUUAUCUGGUGGCCACCGAAUGUCACUGUGGCAAGUGUGACAGUGACAGCACUGACUGCACCGUGCAAGGCCUGGGACCCAGCUACUGCUCCUUUGGGGAAAUGAAAGAAUAAACAGCGGACAUUUCGGGCCACCUACCCUUGUCCGGAGGGACCAAGAGGUCCACAAAGUCUGUGUGUGUGCGACCUGCCCAGGG